GGAUGUUUCUCAAUAACAUAGUUGGAGAGAAAUAGAGGAAAUAAAUGACGGGCCUUUUUCAAUCGACUUGCUUUUUUUAAUUCAAUUUUGAAUGACAUUUUUAAUAUGUUCUUAAAUCUUAAAACCGAGCUCCUAUAAAAACACACCGUUUCCAGCAGAAGCUCCACGCGCCCUGCAGUCAUAGUCAUAAACUGACAUUUGAUCUUCAAUUCCUAAAGACUUUUUUAAAGAUGAAUUAAAGCGGUUGGCCGAUGUAUUUGUAGGUUAAUUAGACGUUUCGUGGAGUUAAAGAUUACUGCACUACAAAGCUCCACAUUUUUCACCCGAGAGAAAACCGGACUUUUUUUCUGAAGGGAGGCUUUCACUCUCAAUGCACUGCACGGUUUUCAAUUCUCCCUUUGAAAUGAUUCAUUCAGAUGAACACCGCUCACCGGGCAGGCUUUGAAGUGUACCUGAUCCGCCUCUUUAUCGCCUCUUAAAUACCUGAUCCAUUUUAAACUUUUAAUUGCGUUUCUGUCGCUAAAUCCACUUCUAAUCGGAUUGUGCUGGCCACAUAUCUCAGCGUUCAUCUGGCGGUGAGAAACUGUGCUCUGUUGGCUGGAAAUUAAAUCAAAAUGAAAGAAAAGAAAAGAGAGAAGAAAAAAAGUCUGUCCCUCACUCCCUCAUUGAUCUGUCCAUGUCCACCAUCUAUGAAGUCUGGCGUUGUCCAGUAAAGACCAACUGGAUAUCUGCAGCUUUUUUAGGUUAUUAUUCGGAUGCUUGGUGACAUUUUAUUUAUGCAGCUAUAAUAAUCUUGAUGCUGCUGCCUUCUGCUGUUGAUUCUGCUGCUGUGGCAGCACAUUUUAUCGCCUCAUGUGGUCGCUUAUAAAGCUUAUUUGAUUAAAUUGAGCUCUUUCAAUUUAGAAAAGUAGAUCACAGAUGUGUGUCAAAGAAUGAUUUCUCCAUCUCUGCCACAAAGAGCCCGCGCAGGCUCCAUCUCAUCAGCGCACAGCACGGGGCCAAGGCAAAUAGACCCUUUACUACUUUCUCCUUUUUUACAUUUUUUUUUACAAAAUAUAGUUCCCUGUUACAGCUGCCAGACAUGACAAAUCUGAAAUGACUAAUUAUUUUCUGACUAAGUGGCUACUCCUGCUCCUUGACGAAACCUGCAGGACUCAUGGCCGUUCCUGCGCUUAACAUUCAGCCCAUGGUUCCCGUUAUUGUGUGUCGCUCACCAUCGACUAAAGGUGGAGCUUCAGGGAAGCUGAAAGCCACCGAUGACAAGCAGUAUCUUUCAAUUAUGUGGGGCAGGGGGGGGGGGGUAUUUGAGGGGUCAUAAAACUAGGAAUGAUGGAUCUGGGGGUGUACUGUAAUCCAAUGGCCUUGUGCUUUACUACAAGCCUCUCCAUGCUGAAAAAUAGCCUGUAUCGAUCAUUUAUUGCAGGUGGAGGGACUGAAUUAUUCUCCAAUCCCAUUCCAUUUGACAGCUCAUGUAUGUCACUCCGGUCUCUGGAUCCAAAUGUCACCCCCCUUGGACUCUGCCCUGGUCGGGGACCAGCAGUGUGUGACAGACAGGCGAGUGGAGCCUGCGGUGGCUCUCUACUGCGUGGCUUCAAAUUGGCCCUGGCUGAGCUCUGCAUGGAGCAAGGAGUGAAGAGUCCUGCUAUGGUCUGAUGUCUCAGCAUGGAUGGAGUCAGUCAGAGGACUGGCCACCACUAAUGAGACCACCAUUUUUCAGCUGAGGACUAGCAUUUACAGGAUUACUCCCACGGUUUCCCCUUAUUUUCCAGCUAACUGCAUCAUUACAUAACUCCCCUAGUUGGACUGUUCGUGGGGCGGGUUUUUGGUGGAUAUAUACAUCAUUGCCUUUCUGAUUUUCAUAUUUGUGAAAAAAAAAUUUUGUUUCCCUUUUGCCGUUUUGUUUUUCCACUAUGGAGUUUCUGGCUGGACCCUGGAAUAAAGAUUGGGCUUCAUUCUUGCAAUUUUGGUUGACUGUCAUCCUAAGCCUCCAAAUGCAAUUCAGCCCAGGUGCCUCUUGCCCGCAAGAGUGUCGUUGUGACACGCCGUUUGUGUACUGCAACGAACGCAGCCUGACAUCAGUGCCUCUUGGGAUAAAGGAGGGCUUCAAGGUCCUCUACCUACAUAACAACCAGAUAAACAAUGCUGGCUUCCCUAUGGAACUUCACAAUGUGGCCACUGUUGAGACUGUGUAUCUCUACGGCAACCAGCUGGAUGAGUUUCCCAUCAAUCUGCCCAAAAACACCAGAGUCCUGCAUCUUCAGGAGAACAAUAUCCAAACCAUCUCCAAGGCAGCCCUGGCCCAGCUGACUCGACUAGAGGAGCUGCACCUCGAUGAUAACUCCAUCUCCACAGUGGGGGUGGAGGAAGGGGCCUUUAGGGAGGCGAUAAGCCUCAAACUCCUCUUCCUCACCAAGAACCACUUAAGCAGCGUUCCCAUUGGCCUCCCCGAGGACCUGAAAGAGCUGCGUUUGGACGAAAACCGCAUAGCUCACAUCGCAGAGGAGGCCUUUCAGAAUGUGACACGCCUGCAGCGCCUCCUGCUGGACGGGAACCUGCUGACGGACGAGGGCAUUGCACCAGGGACCUUCCAGGACCUGGAAACCCUCCGUGAGCUGGCCCUGGCCCGCAAUUCACUCACCUUCCCCCCUCCCCUCCUACCCAGCCAGUCACUGGUCAAACUCAGCCUGCAGGAGAACCAGAUCAACCAGAUCCCCGUGGCAGCCUUCGCUGACCUAAUCAGGCUGGAAAAACUGGAUAUCUCCAGCAACCAGCUUCGGACUCUGACACAGGGUGUGUUCGAUGGCCUGUCGAGCCUUCGGCAUCUCAUGGUGCGCAAUAACCCCUGGCGUUGUGACUGUGCUGUGAAGUGGGUGGUGGUCUGGCUCAAGUCCUUGCCCACCUCCAUCAACGCCCGGGGGUUCGUUUGCCUGAGUCCGGACAAGGUGCGUGGCAUGGCAAUCAGAGAGCUCACGCUGGAUAUCAUAGAGUGUCCGGUAGAAGCUGACCAGCCGCCCUGGCCCACCCUCCGCUCCACUCCCCCUCCGCCACCCACAACCACCCCCAUUACCACCAUGUCCUCCACCCUCAUCACCACAUCCAUCCCUUACUACCUUGACUCACCCUCCCCUCCCUUACCCCCAGUCCACAACAACCCCCCCGGGCCCCUGCCUCCUUACGAGGACCCGCUUCAGAUCUCCUUCCAAGUGGUCAACUCGACCAGCAUCGAGGUGAGCUGGGCUUCCUACUUCACCGUCACAGCCUACAAGGUCACUUGGGUCAAAAGGGGCCAAAGCCAAAUAAACGAAGGAAUGCGGGAGAGGACGGUGAGCGGGGCCCGGCGGCACAUUAGCCUCAGCAACCUGGAGCCCCGAUCCAUGUAUCGGAUCUGUGUGCACGUUCUGGACACCCUUAACUCCUACAGGCCCGGAGAGGAUACUAUAUGCUCCGAGGCCAGGACCAAGGCUGUUGUGUCUACCAAGCCUCCCGGCAGAGAGCAAGCUCCCCAGGAGAGCAUCAACUCCACGCUGCUAAUGGCUGGGAUCAUAGGCGGGGCAGUGCUCAUCAUCCUGGUUACGCUGCUCAGCCUGUUCUGCUGGCACAUGCACAAGAAGAGCCGGUCGUCUUCGGCCAAGUGGAAAUACAACCGGGGCAGGAGAAAAGACGACUACGGCGAGGCCGGAACCAAGAAGGAUAACUCCAUUCUGGAAAUGACUGAGACCAGUUUCCAGAUAGUGGCGCUGAACAAUGAGCAGCUGCUCAAGGGAGAUUUCCGCAUCCAGCCCAUCUACACGCCCAACGGGGGCAUCGGAUUUAGAGACUGUCACCUCAGUAACAACAGCAUAGCCUACUGCAAGAGCAGCAACGUGCCCAGUACAGAGUUCUGCCACACGUGAUGCAGCAGCACAUAGUACAGCGGCAUUCACACACACACACACACAUAAUAGAAACACUUAUUACAUGCAUAAAUACACACACAUACCCCGUUUGUGAAGACAAUAAAAAACUUAAAAAUUCUAGUGAAAUAUAACUGUACUAUAUAUAUUUCCAACUUCUGUCUACGAUGUAAUUUAUACUGUGGAUGCUAUCUUUUUUAUUCUUAGAAAAGAGAUACAAAUGUUUCUUUUUUAUAACCAGCAGGGUUUUGAAAGUUGUUUUAAUGGUCAAUACUGUACAUGAACAUGGAUUUGUACAAUCAAGGCACCCUGGGUGUAGCUUCUGACUGUCAGCCUUGGAAAUGUUGGGGCGCUUAGAGGACCGGGAUCCUUUGCUAACCACAGAAGCAGAAUAUGGCCUUUUUUGCUCUUUGAAACACUGAGAACACUCCCCAGUCCAACAGAACAGUAGUAAAGACAACACAGCACAGGGGAAAUCCAAACAGUGCUGAUUAGAGCUCUCUGGAAAUAUAGCACUGGUUCAUUGGUGGUAUGUUGUAAAAAAGGACUGAAGUGCACUUUCUUAUUAAUGGAAGCCAGGCAGGAAAUGAGCGGAGGUGGUGAUCGCAUGUGAGGGAUUGUGGACGGCUGAGUUGGGAGAAUGUCAUCGGUGCUGUUGAAAGGCCUCGACUGAGAUUUCCCAAAAGUGCCUUAACACUAAAAGCGUCUUUGUUCUCCUGGUUUACAGUUGGAACAAAGGUGGGCUUAGUAUGAGAGACACUUUUUUUGGAAAACUCUGGAAAAGGAUGUCAUUUUAGUGAGGCGGUGCAGUUAUUAACACAAGUUUAAAACGGAACAAAGGAUUAUUGUCCCUAAUGAGGUGCAUGGAUGUGCUGAGUCUCGCAGAUCCUUUUGAAGAAAUUCCCAAAUUAGUUCUACAUCUUUCUUAGUUUUAUCCCUGUUUUGGCAAGUGAGGCCACAAGGGGGCAGUUUGCCUCAGCGCCGUGUGUGGGACAGAGGAACAGAGGGCAGGGCAGACAGAGAGGAGGACAAAAACAAAAGCUGCAUAGAUCACUUUACCUCCACCAUUCCCCUGGAGUCCAUUACCCAGACGACAUUACUCAUCCGGCUACUUAAUGAUGUGGAAUCAUUUCAAACCAACAGUGUUUUCUGUGUUUGGUGGCUGAAUGAUAUGGAUUUUCACCACUGUGGUCUGUCAUGAGGGGAAAGACUCUGUCUCUCCCUGUGUGUGUGUGUGUGUGUGGUUGGAGAGUGAUGAAUUCUGAGAAAGCACACACAUAAUGACAAUCAUACACCCACUUAUUUGACCCAUGUCCCGGCAGCGUUCAUUAGGCUCUGUGAUAAAUGAGGAAAUCCCAACAUGAUCCUCACAAUGCUGCACAGUUGUGACCGAGCAGCUCGUCCAGCGUUUCAUCACUCACCCCUUUGUUCUUCAUUGAUGGUGCGCUCACCUGAACAAUGCAGCCGCUCACUUCACAUCAUCAGUCCCUGCAGUGAUGAUCCUCACCCCGUCUCCUCUCACUGUCUGUCUGUCCGCCUCACGGCCCCUCAGCUCCUACGCAUGCUGUGGCCGCAGCUCUUUGCAUGCGAGGUGGCAGUGAGAAGUCUUCAUUAUGCACUUCUUAAGCCGACUUUAUUUGAUUUGACAAGAUUUUAUUUUGAGGGGCCAAGCUUAAAGAGCCCUCCCUCCCUUUUCCCUCUCUCCUCAUAAUCCUCGACCAAAAAAGGGAGAAAAUAUGUAGACCUUAUUUUCACUUGGCUGCAUGGAGCUCACGCUGGGAGACGAGAGUGUCUGUUAACUCUUUGCGAGACGCACAGAUUAUUCAGCCGCGCAGAGAGCCGACGCAAAACUGGGCCGAACAAUUUAGACAAAGUGAUUUUUAAGGGCUUGUACUGGAGUUAUUCCAGAGUAUCUCUGAGAGGAUUUAUCUCAGCAGUCGGGAUAUCUCAAAGAGUAGCUGCAUUUACUUUAAUUCCAGCAAUAGCUCCGAUCACCAUCACCUGGGCUUUAAUUUAAGGUGCCAGACUCCCACAGCCUGAACACUCUGAACAGUAACACAGUGAAUGAAUGGAAUCUGUACACAUCAUGUAGUGUCACAUUAUGUCUUAAAAUCUUGUUUUCAUCAAGACAACUGACACAUUUUUGAUUUAUUUGCUGGAUGUUCAUGUUGAAAAGAUAAAAUCAAGAAAAUACUGAAAGCAAUAGUUCAGUUUUGGGAAAUUCUCUUCUUCACUUUCUUGCUGUGAGUUAUACGAGACGAUUGAUACCACCCUGAUGUCUGUAUGCUAGAUAUGAAGCUAUUGAUAGCAGCUCGUGAGCUUAGCUUAGCAUUAAGACUGUAAACUGGGGGAAACAGCUAGCUGGCUCCGUCCAAAGCUAAGAAAAUCUGCCGUAAAAGCACAAAGUGUCACUUUUACACCUUGUUUUUUGUAUGCCUUAAACAAACGACAUAUAUUGUGUUAGCGAGUUAAGUUUCCUUUAGACAUAGCUAGGCUAGCUGUUUCCCUCCGUUUCUUUAUGCUAAGCUAAGCUAACUGUCUGCUGGUGGUGCUUCAUAUUUACUGUACAGACGUGUGAUGUAUCUUAAUGAAAUAUUUGGCUGUCAACCUAUUCCUUUAAGUGAAAAAUAAGUAGUAAUGUAAAAUAACUUGAUUUGCGUUGAAAAAAUGAGUGAUUGUAAUGGCAGAUGACGUUCACUUUCUCUUUUCAGCAAAAUCUGAUUUAAAGAAUCAGUACUUCAAUAUGUUCAGAUUGGGUUUAUUACUGCUAAUAUCUUCUGUGGUUAUCAAAGCAUCUCCACUUAUAAUUUGAACCUUUUUCUACUAAUACCCACAGCUGACCAUAACCCCAGCAAGAAACACUUUAUUAUUUAGUAUUCUUUGUUGGAGAUGAAAGCCCUAUUUGAAGUCCCAUGCUGAUCAAAAGGGGGGGGGGGCUCAAACUGUUACAACAUAGAGCUUCUCCCCCCCGUCUGUGAAUGUGUAACAGAGAACCUACAGAUAUUUGCCUUAACUUUUAUGCAGGCCUGAAUGAUUAGCUCAGAGAGCGCUUAAGUGGGAGGAAGAAAGAAUGAGACAGCGACGAGAACGCUGAAGAGAAAGCACAUUUCUCCAACAUUUUGCAGCCGUGGUUGGCGGCGACUAUAACAGUAUUAACAGGAAGAACAACACUAAGCGUGUAGGCACAGUAGCUAAUGAGAGACUGUUCAUCCAGAGAGCCAGACCCUACGCCGUGCACAGCUAACGAUUCAGUCAGACGGGAGCUUCGGUGGCAGUUUUGCAGCGUACAUUACUCUUAAUUUUCUAUUUGCUUGAUGAAAGAACGCGGAGGCGUGACCGAUGGAAUUACACGAAACGUGUCACAGACCGCUAGCGUCAGGUUAUUACUGUUUCAGAGGGCCAAGUCAUUUCCCUUAAAGCUUAUUGAAUCACGUUGAAAUAAUGUUUAAUCUCCGAGAGGUCAACUCAAAGAAAACCCGAGUGGUUGAAGACGUUUAAAGUCGUCUUCUCUUCCUGCAGGCCAAACCUUCACUGCUAAUAUCCAUCAGUAACAUUCAUCAAAGGGGUUUUGCAUGUACUGUAUUUAGCUUCAUAGCCUUUCAUUUUUCAUUUCUUUUCAUCAAGCAACCAGCCAGUGGUGGUUUUUGGUAGAGUAUGAGCAGGCGGACAGAGAGGUUUAGAGGGAGAAGGCUGGAGACUUACAGUGCAUGUGAAGCGGCCGUGUCAUCGAGACGCUGCAGUGUCACGUUAGCAACCCACACCAAGUUUUCUUAGGAACCAAAGUUAAAUUUCUGUUCUCAUGAUGAAGUAUUGAUGUUGUUCCAUGUAUGUGCCUUGAGGUUGAACUUACAAUGUAAAGUCCUUGAAAAACCUUUAAAUGUUUUUGCACAAACUGUAAAUACUUAAGUGAAGCUUUUUGAAAAUAAAAGAGCCAUUGGAUUUGAGCGAUCACUCUUUCUUUGUUUUAGACACGGAAAUGAAAGUUUGUAUUCUGUUGUGCUUUAAUGAGCGAUCCUACAUUCUCUGUCUUUUGCAUAUUGGUGUUGUGCGCUGGCAAGACAUUCGGCUAUCUGAGGAGAGAGUUUGUAGAUGAACACGGCCUGGCUCAAUCUAUUUUGGGUCAGACUCUAGUUAUUCGGAUCAGAGAUGUGUGCCGUACCACACCGUGCCAAGUUAUCCUCUUAUUUCUAUACAGCAAGUUUAAGACAUCUUAGCCGAGCAACUGCAGCUUAGCAUUCAGCUGGGGAAAAUCCAAGAUACUCUCUGAUUCUACUUGAAAGGCACAACUAAGUCCCAGACUCUUUCUCCAAAUCCCUGUGUUCUACCAAAGUCCAACGUUUUUUCCUCCCCAUGACCACAUCCCAGUGUUGCCUCUGCAACCUCCAGCCCGCUAAAAAACCCACAUUAGCCCAAACCUAAUUCACUAUGACAAUUAACCACAGGUUUUUUGCUGAAACAUGGGAGGGUGUGCCACUUUGGUAUUUUGAACGGGAAAUGAAUGUUUUUCUCAAAAUUCCCACAUGUCAAAAUGUGAUUUGUUAUUGCACAAUUGUAGGCUUUUUGGGGAGGCUUUGGCACUAAAAUCAUCUACUUUGCUGCUCUCCCCUCCAUUUGCGUUGUGUAACGAGCAACAUGAAAGGUUUGAUCUCACCCCUGUGCAUUCAUCAGUCAACCACCAAGUCGGUGUGUAAGGUCCUUCUAACUACCAGCUAGUUUCAAACCAGUGAUUUGUCAAAUUUUGUUGCACCAUUAAAAGUUAAAGGGGACACAUGCUCAUUUCCCAGUUCAUACAUGUAUUUUGGGAUUCAACUUGAACAUUUUUAUAUACUUUCGUGUUCAGAAAACACAUCAUUUUUCUCAUACUGUGGUCUGAAUUUACCUGUAGUCACUCUCUGUCUGAAACGCUCUGUUUUAGCACCUGUCUCUUCAAGGCCCUCUCCCAAAAAAGCCCAGUCUCGUCUUGCAAAGAAAAUACGGUACACCUGUGCGAAGGUAGUUCUCAAGCCGUGGGCAGUAUAUUCUACUGUGACAGUGGAAGGCGAGCCAAACCCGAUUGGAUCAGACAACAUGUGAUUCAAGCAGCCAGACAGCCCAUAAAUAACUGACUGGGUUGUGUUAUUUCAUGGUUUGUGGGUUGGCAACACUCCAGAUACCCAAAUGUAUGUGCACAAGUACUGGUAAAGUUCAUUUCUCACAGUAUGGCCCCUUUAAAAAUGUCUGUAACAAUGUCCAAUUAAAAUCAAUCAUUUUAUAAACAGGAAGUGAGUAUCACAAUCUGUAGCAUAGCUUCCUAAAUGACAGUUUUAAGGAGCCAAAAGACACAUUAACAUGUCCUGAUAUUGUUGGCAUGUUUUAUUUCAAAACAAUUCAUGGACAGAUAUAUGCUUCAAAGUUACUAUUAUUAAUAUGAAAAUAUUAUAUUAUGCUAACCUAUCUUACAUUAUUAGGCCACUGCUGCGUUGAUUUUGUGACAUGCAAUUUAAAAGCUUCCCAGUUUACAUCAUAAUUUAACAGCAUUGUAUCAGGUGUCAGGUCAGAUGUGUUUUAUAUGUUUUAUAUGACCUAUUUUAUUAUAUUCAAAUGUUUCAUAUUGUCAGGCUAACUAAUGUUAGUUUGUCAGUUCAUUCGGUUAGCAUCUGGCAGCUGUAUUUAUUAAUGAAUAUAUAGUAACAACCAGUGGUGGGAAGUACAUUUAGUAUUACAGUAUUAGUAUUGUAUCUAAGUACUUUACUAGUCUUUUCUUUUUAUUCUACUUAAUACUUCUACAGCACUACAAUCCAGUGGGAAAUAUUGCAGCUACAGAUAUGUGUGACUUCAAAAAUGUAUUUUAUGUUAAAAUUGCAAGAUUCAUUCAUAAAAUAUGAUGCAUUGGGACGGACUGAAUAACACAGUAGUAAGAACUAGCUGCACCUGAAUCAACCCAAACAGUAAAAUGCUAUUUUCCACAAGCUAUAAUAACACAAUAUUUUAUAAUAAAACAUUUUUCUGCAUUAUGAGUACUUUUACUUUUGAUACUUUAAGUACAGUUAGCUCCUGAUAUGAGGCAGUGAUUUCCAGCACAAUUUGUGUCCCGACAUUUGUGAAUGUUAUAUGCUUCAUUAAAAGAAGAAAAAAGGUUGUGUUUGUCAUAUUCCAUAUGGCAGAAACGAAUGAAAUGAGAAUUCUUGCCUUUGAAUUAUGCGCUGAACAGGUGUUAGCUGUGUUUUUAAUCGCUCCCUGCCAAAAGAACAUUCCAUUUCCUGCUUAAUGCCAGCUCUCUCCAACAGCUUCACUUUGUGAUCCUCGUUUAAGCAUCUUCUAAUCAGCCUCAAUAUGGAGGAAGGGUCAUUAAAGGAUGUAAUUUAAAGCAAUCUUAUUUCAGGUGUUACAAACAUCGACAUCUGGUAGACUUUAACAGUGAACGGGUUCAAAGCGGUGCUCUGUUAUUCUCAUCUUUCAUUGGCCUCACUGGCCUUUAAUUAAAGGCUGAGUGCAGGUGAGCCCUCUGCCUCUUUCACAGUACUUCAGGCUAAUGCGUGUGAGGAUGGGUCACUGGAUUUCUGCCCAUUUGCUGCCAACAGUGAAUGCCAUGAACAUUAAGUAAAAACCAGACUAAAUCAACCAAAGAUCACCUUGCCCUGCUUUGAAAUGAUAAUCAAAGAAAUACUAAAUUGGUCCAAACAAGCAGCACGGUUCACAUUUAUUCCUGUGUGAUGGUGAAAGAGAGAACAGCUUUGCAAGUUCUCUUUUCUCUUUUCCUGAGAGUGCUUACUCUAUUUGAUGCUAGUCUUUUAAAUUUGACUUUGAGAGUUGAAAGGGACCAAAAGCACAGCACAGACUCUAUAGGAAUUCCUCUGACAGCAUUUAAGCAUGUGAACACAGGGGGGUAUUUUAAGCAAUCAUCAAUCAGGAGACUGUUUGCAGAUGCAAAUUCAAUUUGUCCUCCCAGUUUUAGAUUACCGAGCUGAAGAUUACCAUGUGAGGGUAAACGGCAAACACAAUCCCUGCCUGUUUUUCUGCUUCAGCGGCUUUGUGCUGUUGCGAUAGCAAAGAUAUGUUCUGUACCAAAAUGAAUACUGCCUGACAAGUCUCCAGUGCAGCGAGAAUUGAUUUCAAAACAAGAAAACCACAGCACUUUCUUUAAAAAAAAUGUACACAAUAAACACUCUCCCCUUUCACAACUCAUGAAAAGUAAAUGGCCAGCUGCACAGAGCCGUAAUUGGCGAUAAAAUGAGUUUUUACACGGUAACCUUUUGUCAAACUGCCUGAAAUCCUCUCAGGCCUUGCAGGCAUUUAUAGGUGGACACAAUGAAAGCACCUCCUGCUGUAUACAGUAUGAUGCAACCUACUAACAGGAUCCUGCAACAAAUACUAGCAUUGUGAAGCUUGCAGUUGUCCGUUUGUGUCGACGCCAUAUCCUAGAGGCAUUGAUUCAACAUGCCUGGUUCUUUUCCAGGCUGUACUUUCACGAUUAGAUUCCAUUCUAUUCUGAAGUACCUAGAAUAGCAGGUGUGUUUCUCACAUAGCUGUUUGACUGCAUUCAAUUGUAUAUUUUUAUUGUGUCAAUUGCCUGCAUUUGAAUCAAUUGACAAACUACAUUGUGUCAAUGUAUUAUUCUGCCAACAUAGCACAGUAUGCUCAGGAUUAGUGUUUUAAGGAGUGAACGUGUUACCAUCACUCUCCACUCCCCGCGGUGCACAGCAGACUGUGGGGGCAUGGGAUAGUUGCUGGUGUAGCAGUGGUGGAAGAAGUGUUCAGAUCUGUUACUUCAGAAUAAAGAGAAAUACUAUAAAAAAUACUCGUCCAGCAUUCAAAAUCAGUAUCAACUAUCAUCAGCUAAAUGUGCUCGGUGGUUCUGCAGAAAAAUGGCCCCUGUUCUUACAUCGUCAUCUAUUGUUGAUACUGGAUCAUUAAUACCGAUGCAUUAAGUGUGUAAGAAAUAUAUUACUGUUCUAGUUGGUGGAGCUGGAGCUAACUUAAAUUGCUUUAUACAUGUUGGUUUUAAAAUCCCCAUGUUUUUUAUGUAAAAUCGUAAACAUAAAAUGGAAUCACUCAAGUAGUGUCGGCUUACACGUGCUUCAAAAAUGCACUUAAGUCUGCAAAAAGUGUGAUAUCAACUAUAGCCCUAUAGCGGCUUUAGUGCCUGAUUAAGUAGCUAGAGGUGUUCAUCCGGAGUGUAGCAUGUUAGCUUCAACAUUACAGAAGAAAAAAGAUCCCGCUAAUAAGAAACAGUGGUUCUCAUAAAAGCUCCACAUGAUCAGCUUUAAAUAUGCUUUAUGAAUUCUCUCAUCAUUAACCUGGUAUCUAUGGUGCUAUGAGCUGAUUCAGGGAUAUAUUUUGAUAAGAUAAUGGAAAAUCUUUCAAAAAAAAAGCUGCAUACACAUCUUAGCUAUCUGCAGAUUCAGUUCAUUAUGUAUAAAAUAUCAAGAAGUCCAAAGCCUUUCUCUUGUUAAGAUAACAAUGCCUUGGUUUAAAAUUCAUCUUGAGUUGUUUGUACAUGAAGCUACACAGAUUGAAACUCUAAUUGGCGAUUCCUCCGUCUAGCAUAUGUUGCAGUGCCGGGUGUCUCAGAGAGGCUGCUGCCGUGAAAAAGGUGAUUCCUCCAAUCAGUAUAGAGAAGUAAUUGGUACGGCUCUAAAGAACACUUGUCUGUGUGCUUUCCUUGAUUGGAAGUAAUUGUGUUUUCACCAACAGCUACUUGAAUUUUCCGAAAUAAACAAUAUUAAUGUUGUAGAAGGGCGAGCUGGAGCUGAUGUUUAUGCAUGCGCAACACAUAACGGCAGAAAUAUCACUUCACAUUUGUAACACAAUUAUGGUUCUGGCUGCACGUCGUUGUUCCUGAUGAGAAAGUCAUUCAUGGUUUAAACUAAAUAUGAACCGAACGUUUUCAACAAUUAAAACACCACCUGUCAGCAAAACGUUCAGCAAGUUCCCCAGGAUAUGGGCAGAUGAAAGUUUGACUUUCUCCCCUGGAUCACGUGCAGCAUGGCAGGGCCUCCAUGUGUUGGACCAGUGGGUCACAGGAGUCACAAUUCCAGGCGGAGCAGAGCAGCUGUGACCUGGAGCCAGACUCCCCGUCUGGUCAGGUCGUAAUGAAUGAAGACGCUGAUGAAUAGGGAAGGC